GAAGGCAGUAUUUAUAAGUCAUAGAUAUACGUUAAAUGUUCCGUGGUGUUUUUAAAUAAACAAACAAGCCGACUGUGUGUUUGGGAUUUUUUAAAAAAACAAUAUGAUUGUUUACAUAGCAACAUUUGUCCUGGAACAAAUCAGAUUAAAAAUUGCACAAGCUCUACCGAUCGAGACCAAGUUAGUUUUUCUUCAAAAGCAAGGUCUUACCUUCUACGAUUAUGAAGUGCCUGAGCUUGAAGACGAGGCCGUCGCUAGCAAAAUAGAGAUACUCUUUGCAGAUACACCAGUGAUAGCUAAAUACCGAAAGAAUUUAGUUAACCUGAAAUGGGUUCACACGGCAUGGAACGGUGUUGAUAUCCUCAUGGAUUCAUUUGAAAAAGAUGAGCCAUUUCCGAAGUUUACACUCACGAAAACAUCAGGUUCACUGAACGCUUCACUUAUCACGGAUUAUAUCAUAGGCUACAUCAUUGCAAACGAAAGAAGCUUCUUCAAGGCCAGGGACUCACAACAAAGAUCUAAAUGGGAGCAAAUGAUUUAUGCUCACAGUCGAGGACUCUCUUCUCUUACCAUUGGUAUUCUCGGUGUUGGGGAAAUUGGCCAACAUCUCGCUAAAAUCUGUAAGGAUUUCGGAAUGACGGUAUGGGGACUAACAAGAAAGGAACGUUUGCCUGAAAACAGUUGCUCACAUGUUGACGUAUACAGAACACCUGAUAGACUAAAUGAUCUUCUAGAGAACUGCGAUUAUAUUUGCAAUAUUUUACCCAGCACGCCACAGACUAGAGAUAUGCUGUCUGGAGAUGUUUUGAAAAGUUGCAGACAUAAGAAAAGUGUUUUCAUCAAUGUAGGACGUGGAGAUGUUGUAGAUGAACAGAGUAUUGUGGCUGCACUUGAUAAUGGAUGGCUCAGCGGUGCUGUCCUUGACGUAUUUCGCAAGGAGCCUUUGCCAGCGUCCAGUCCCCUAUGGAGCCACCCUGGAGUUACAGUGACCCCUCAUGUUUCCGGCUGGUCUGCGGAUACUUCUCACAUCGACAAGAUAAUGGAUCGUUUUGUGGAUAACUUUAAACGUUUCGUUGAAGGUCGGCCACUAAAAGGAGUUUUAGACUGGUCGCAAGGCUAUUAACACUACAACAUUUAAGGAAUUAUGAUUUUUUAUGGUGAUGAAAUUGUACAGACAUGUCUGUACUCCUAAAUAUCAAGUGAAGCGGUUUAAACACAAGGAUUAAGCAAUGACAAGAAAAUUUGCACUAGAAAUACCAUGAAACUUCAUUCCAGAAACAAUGUACCUCCGAAAUAUUGCACAAUAAAUCGCACACAAUUAUCAGAUUCAGCUGAGUGUACGUUUGAUUGACAGUGAGAUGUGUGCAAUGAUCAGUUUAUCAGAUGCCUAAUGUUGGCAAUUGUGAAUGGACCUGUCUUUAAAUUUGAUCUGGUUUCAAAAGAUAUCCGGGCAUUUAUUAACUUUCAAUAGACCUAUAGACGGAUCUUAUCAUGUAUUGAAAUAUCAUAUUAAUAACUUUAACAAAUAUCCUUUACUUUUUCAUUGCCUGUAUAUGUAAUGAAGGUAUAUCUUCAUAUUUUUCACAUAAAAUCGUUUAUUUAACCGCAAAACCUUCUAAAUUAAGAAGCUAGUUUCGGUGUUAUUCUUGAAGAAAGUGGUACGUGCUACAUCCGUCUGGUGAACGAGAUAUCUCACUUAUCAGGUAAUGUAUUUAAGGUAGUUCUGCACGUUUGGUAAACUGGAAGUGAUGGCGUAACGUCGUUUAACCGGAUAACGUAGAUUAAAGCCUGGAUUCGGCGUCCGGAAAUGAAAAUCAUUUUAUGAAUUAACGACUACCCGUGAGUAAAUUUAUUACAGUGGCAACGUAACUGUCUUUCUAAAGUUAGAAUAUGAUAUUAAAACAGCUGACACGUUAAAUAAUUCAAAAUUAUGGCUUGAAACCAGCUUGAAAUGUGCGAAUCACUUAAUCAUGGGCAAAUAUUUCAAAAAACAAGCACACGGACCUAUACAUUUUAUUUCACAAUAUAAUAGGUUAUAUGUUUAUUUACGACUGUGAGAAGUUUCAUUAAAAUCUACAUUGUAAGAAAAAUUCGGGGGAUUUCAAUUUCAAAACGGGAACGUCGCGUUUACUUGGUGAGGAAUAUAUUACAACAUGUUCCUAUGUUCUUAUGUAGUAGAAAAUGUCUGUCAGUCAAUUUGAACGUUUAGAGGGGAUAUAUACUGUAUAUCUCAAUGUAUAUCAAAUUGUUGGUGUGUGGAAAGGAAUUUCUAUGCCUAGUAUUCAACGAAAACUUAUCGAUCGUUCAGUAUUGAGGUAUACAUGUAUAUCUCCACAUUUUGCUGUGUAGUUAAGCCGUUCAAGCGGAACUUCUCGAAGUAACAUGUACUCGUAUAUCUCCACAUUGUGCUGUGUAGUAAGAAGUGCCCAUGCCUAGUAUUAAAGUGGAGCUUAUUAAUAGUUCAUCAGUGCGGUGAACGUGUAUAUCGCAACAUUUUGCUGUUUACAAGUGGAACUUCUCCAUUGUUCGAUCAUAGUGAAGUAAAAUGUUAACACAUUAGUUUGGUGUAUAGUAAGAAUUCAACAGUGAAGUAACAUGUGUAUCUCAACAUGUUGUUGUUUAGUUGGGAAUAUAUGCUUAUGCCCAGCAUUCAAGUGUAACUUAUCGAUAGUUAUAUAUUGAUGUAUACACUUACAUUUCAAUAUUUUGUUGUGUAGUUAAGACAUUCAAGUGGAACUUCACGAUUGUUCGAUAAUAAGACAUGUUUAUCUCAACAUUUUGUUAUGUAGUCUAGAGUGUCCAUACCUACCAUUCAAGUCGAACUUAUCGAUAGUUCUGUAGUGUUUAAUAAAAUACGCAUUUAAAAUACUUCUGACAAGGAUUGGAUUUAUACUUUAAACAAAAAAUAAAAGUAAGAAAAUA